AUGGGCGAGACAUCUGGCGCCGAAACCGAAGUCGCAACGAACCUGACCACACGAACGGACAAGACAAGCUACGAGGUCCCCGAAGACGGCAGUCCGAUCACCAUCUCCACGCAAAAGGUGACAGCACAUAGGGAGCCUGGUGGGCGGCUAGGUCAUCAUCGUAGGCAGAAGAGCCAGACGAGCUUGUUGAUUGAGUACUUUGAGGCCGGGAAGACCGGUGACAAAGCUAGGAGCCGGCCGAGUGUCCGGGUCAAGGUCACGCCCAGUGCGAGGAAGUCGAGCAGGAGUGGCAAGGAUCGCAAGCCCUCCUACACUCGGCGCAUAUCACUCAACAGCAGCAAGAACGCUGAAGUUGGGCUUGGCCCGCUGGAAGGCACGGAGAUCAGUCAAUCGUCUGGAGGCAGCAAUCUCUCCGGUCAUCCUCCUGUGGAAAUUGAAGUGCUGAACCACGGCGGCAGCGACAUAUCUGGCACGAGAUCCACCCGCGGGUUGAUGUAUGCGCCCAACGAAUCCAACGUCUCGUCUAUGCCACCGGACAGUAUGCUCGAAGGCAGCAACAUCAGCAAUAUGACUGGUAGCGAGCUCAGUCACGACUUGUCGCAUAGCGAGGACCACACAGUCACUGAGAAAGACUACCUCAAAGCACCUGUACGGUCACGCAGCCGGAGUACAAGCCGCGACCGCAUUACACAAAAGGUCAUGGAGAAGCUUGGGGCCACUGCUGGCAAGCCCCGAAAGUCAAGCAAGUCUGGCUAUGAGCGCAGUAUCAGCAAGGAGUACGAUGUCGAUGGGUACCCGAAAGAAAGGCGACGGCGAUCAUCAAAGUCUCAUCAAGUGGAGGAGGAGUCGACGAUCAGUGGCGCCGAGUCGAGCCUAAUGUCGUCCCAGCUUGCGCCUAGUCAGCGCUCGUACCGAUCUGGCACUACGCAGGGCUCCCGCAUGACGAACAACCCGAAACUACUGGAGAUGGUUGAAGACACGAUCAAGCGCAUGAUUUUACCCGAGAUCAAUGCGAUCAAGGAAGAUCAACGUACGGAUCGCAACUUGCGUUCUUCGGAAGGCAAGAGCGGACCCAUGCCUAGAGAUGGCUACGAGAGUUCAGAGCUUGAGCAUCGUGUCAGCAAAUCUUCGAGCUCGCCUAAUAUUGCCAGCAAGCCGAAAGUCAUUUUGAACAGGGAAGGUGAAGAUCCAGUCGUCUUGUCCCGUGGCGAUUCUGAGAGAAAGAAGCAUCGCAUAUCCAGUCGAGAAUACACCGAGCGUCCAUCCAGUAGUCGACGAUCAUCUGGGCGAAGCUCAACACGAGGCGAUGGCUACGAUGAUGAGGAGCGAGUGCGCCACAAGUCAAGCAAAAGCGGCCAUGGGCUACGUGACGCGGCUGCCGCUGGCAUGGCUGGAGGCAUCCUGACCGCAGCAGCACUCAAACACCACGACUCUCAGAGCGACGUCCAUCAGCACCGGAAAAAGCACAGUAAAUCUCGAGGUAGUCGAAGUCGAUCAGCUAGUAUUGCUGAGACCAACGAAGAAGCAUACAGUCGGACGGAGGGAAUCCCACCCAUGCCCAUGGCGAGCCACAUUAACGACUCGGAUCUGACUCGAGACAGUAUCGUGUCUGCAGCGACUGAGCAACCGUCUAUCGGAGACGUCAUGACUCCCGUGCGCGAGGUUUCCAGAGGGUCGGUGGCGGAUGUCAUGUCACCGAGUCGUACACCGACACGAACACCGGUCUCUGGAUCAAGGGGGCUGGGUAUGACACAUACCAAUCAAUCUAUCGAGAGCUCGAGUCCCAUUUCAAACCGAGCGCGCAUGGCUGCGUUGACUGCUGCUGGUAUUGGUGGUGUGGCUGUGGCGAAAGGCUACGAAAAUCAUCACGAUCAUCAAGUCGAUGCAGAUGGCUAUGGUGAUUUGUCUAAUCGCCGCGGAGUUGGCAGCCCAGCGCAUAGUGUUUCCAGCUUGAAGAAUCAAUUCGAGAAGGAAGAUUCGCUCAUACCAUCUGGCUUGCGACCAAAGAGUGCUGCAUCGAGAUCUUCAGCUGGUCGACUUCGCGAGACUCAGGCUUCCCGUACGUCCGCACGGUCUUCGCCUACUACGCAGAGACUGGCACAGUCUCGGAAGCAUUCCCAGGAUGUCAGUGGUGAUGAGUUUAUCACGCCUUUCGAAACGCCUGGAGCACUUCUACGGGAAGGUACACCUGGCACUCCGACGAAUGGCGAGAGCGUAGACGAGUGGUACGAGCGUCAGCAUCAACUCAACAACCGCUAUCGGGACUCCAUCGACCAUGCCACGAAUCGCGACUCUUACCAGACAAACCCGUAUCCGGAAGAUGACAAACGCUACACAACAUACACAGACGACAGCUUCGGCGCACCUGGCAGCGAUGGCCUGGACGCGGAACGCAAUGUGAAAGGUGUGGGUGCCAACCCCAUCUACCUGAUCCCAGCCGGCGUCGAAUCAAACGUGGCCUCGCUCAUGGAGCCUUCGAUCCUCAGCAGUAACAUGCUGUCAUCCAAUGAUAGUUCGACUCGCAACCGUGGCUCGUACGCCGAUCGCAUGGAGCAUUUACGAGAUAUGGAUAAGGACAGUCCAGCCAUGUAUGACGGAUCAACCCUCAGCGAGACGAUGCCAAGCCAGGAUCGGUGGGCAGCCAUCAAAGGCCAUGCGCGGAACUUAUCUGCCACUACCAGCCAACAGGAGCAGGACUCGCCACGCAGUAGUCCUAUGAAGAGUCUGCGUGAAGAACGAUCAAUUGAAGCGCAGCCGAAGAUGAGCGCUAGUGGUCUGCCUGUUGCUGACGAUCCCCUGCCUGAGAUCGGACAUUUCGACGAUACGAAGAGCGAGCUGUCGUCAACGAAUCCUUCGAUUGUUGAGGGGCCGCUGGGUGGUGAUCCGACGGGCAGAAGCGAGUGGCCUUAUGAGUCUGGUCUGACACCUGGUACCGGAGACAGGCGAGACCUGGCCAGUCCUGGACAAAGGUCGAUGAGAAGUGAUCACAGUGGACAUGGUCGGAAGGAUGGAAUGCUAGCUGCGGCUGCUGGUGGUGCGGCUGCUUUGGCUGCUAACCAUGCUUUUAGCAGGAACAAGUCUGCUACCAUGGAAGAUGAGGACGAUGGUCGCCAAGAGUUGACGCCUGACCUCCGCCACGCUGGAGCAGAGAUCGAUAGAGAGGCGACACCAACUGGCAGUCCUGCAGCUUUCCGCGACGAGGGAUACGUUACUGACGCUCAUGCUCGAUCAGCUGGCGCGAGGACACCACGACCUGGCGAUGAGCAGCGAUACAGCAAAGAAGACCUCAACGACUUCAACCGAGCUAUGGAUGCCCAGAGUCUAGGCGAAGACGACCCUUUCACUAGCACAAAUAAAGUCCUGGAUGCGAAACAUGCACGCCACGUCAGCGGCAACUCCCACGGUAUGGCUAGUCCUCUCUACGAUAGCAGCACAGGCAAAGGCAAGAUCGAGUCCAAGGACAUCGUGGCGCUGAUGGAUCAUCUUACUGUUCGCGACGCUCAGCGCAAUGCAGUGGAUACCGAGAUCCUUGUGUCCCUUGUCCGCACAGCAGCUGAGAUGCGGUCGUCUUUUGACGAGAUGAGGAAGUUCAUCAAGGAGCAGGACCAGCUGAUCAUGGCGAAUACCGAUCGUGAUGCGGAGGUCACAGUGGCCAAAGUCCUCGGUGGUCCGCGGCCGCAGCCCCUGGGAUCUCCGCGCACGCCGAGAGGAAAUAGUCAGGAGGACAUUCAGGCCAAGCGGAAGGGCGUUCUUCGACGAGCACUCAAGGGUCUGACUGGAGGGAGGAAAGCAGACGAUCUGGCGCGGGUGGAGGACAUGCUCAUGCAGAUUUUGGACAAUGUGGAGGAUCUGAAGCAUGGUGGUUUGCCUACAUCACGCCAGCAGACGGCUUCAUUCUCUGAGGGGCCAAUGGACUCGUAUGAGAAGCUUCGCGCUGCACCCGACUCGGGUUAUGAGCCUGAGGGUCAAGCCGAUACUUCGAGCACGCCUAGUCAUUCUGGUCACUUUGACACCCCGCCACGAGCUGGUAAGGAGCAAUUCCACUCUGGUUACGAUGGACGUCGUGGUUCGAUCAAUCGCGUCAGCACGGUCAUGGAAGGCGAUGAGGAUGAAGACGAACUCACGCCCAGCGAAAACCGCGUUCUGCGUAAUCAAUUCGAGAACAAUGAGCGUCUUCUUACACCUACGCAGGAAUCACAUCAGCAACAGUUCGCGCUCAAGAACCGAGGGCAGAGUCCUAGUGAUACUCCUUAUCAUGGUGCUGAGACGUAUGGUGGGAUACAGGCGCAGGAGAUCACUCCUCAGCGUGCUGCGGUCGAGAAGGCGGAGAAGGAUCGCAAGCACAAGAGCGCCGGCUCUUCUAUUUUUGGUGUACCAAAGACGAGUAGGUGGUCCAAGACUACGACUUCUUCUGCCGCGCCGGAUCUCGCGGGUCUGGAGAGUCCUGUUGCAGCGAGAGCACUCAGACCGCAGAGUGCUGCUUCGAGAUCAGUAAGCACACUUGACGAGUAUGACGAUCACGAGGACUACGAGAGGCAACGUGGCGGUGAGCCUGUAAGGCGGUCGAUGCAGAGUCUGGGCAAGGAGCACGAGCGCCCGAUCUCGCAAGCUGAUACGCGCAGCGUACAGAGUGGGGUGAGCAAGCUUACACGAACACCCUCACCACUGAUCCCGUCUGAGAGGUCGCUGAGACAGCAAGACUCGUACGAGCAUGCUCGCGAAGCCUCACCAAUCCAGCAGGAUGAAGCAGGGCAGGAGGAAUAUGGAUUCGACGAUCCCAAGUACCAGGCCCAUCGCAACUCCAUCCUCCUCCAGCACCCACAGCCCCGACAAGGGCCCACGGGCCGCCAUCAGAACCAUCUGGAGAACAAAGCCGAAGACUUCGAUAACCUGACCGGCACGAACAGCGAUCUCUCGCAACGAACAGUCUCGGACUUCGACCCAGCGACCUGGGGAUCCUCAGGCACUGCAGCACUUGCCAGAAACCGCUUUAGUACAGCGACUUCGGGCGGCGAGCCGCCGAGUCCCGCGAGCAUGCGUGGCAGCGGCGGUAGGGAGUCCCAGGGUUCCUUGAUCCCUCAGAAACAGCCCCAGGCAGCUGCGGCCGUCACGCCGACGAAGAGAUACGAUCCCGAACCAGAAGACGACUGGCGCGAGGAGCCGACGUACAGUAACAGUGGUUUCAGCCGUGGUGGCGGAGGUGGUGGGUACAGUUACUCCUCGCCUUACGGCUCUGGGCACCUGCUUGAGCCCAUCGAGGAGGUGAGGUAUAGUCUCGAGACGGAUAGUGGACGUGUAAGUGCUCGAAAGCUCUAG